AUGGGAGACGAUGGACGCUUUAGUUUGCCGGCAGCGGAAUCCACAAAGCUUAACAAUUCAGGAAACAGUUUCCGGUGGGGAGCUUCACCUUACUCCAGUAACAGACAGCGCAGUAAUUCCAGCAUCAACUUAAUUAAUUUGGACAGCACUGUCGUUAGCAAAAUCGAGCCGAGAGUUUUUGCAGAUGUCCAAAGUAAAGGAUUGGCUUCGAGAAUAGUGAAGUAUCAUGAGAAUGAAAGCAGAUUAAACCGCAGUAUGUCGACUAACAGCCUGUACACAAAACCGGGAAAGUUUCCCAUUGUAACUCUACAGAGAACUGAAUUGCCGUUUCGUGCUACCAAACAAAAUGUAUCUAUGACUAGGAUUGUACCUCCAGAGAAGUCAGUCUUCUGCGGCAACACACUGUCAAGCCUUUUUCGCUCAAAUUCAGUAGUGGGAUUACGGAAGAGUAAUGAAGACAUAUCACGGGAAAACAGACCAAUUAUCCAUCCUCCUCCAACGGAGAGUGAUAUGGCGCCAACACGCAGUGUUUUAGACGUCCUUAAAGAGAUUUCUCGUAAACGGAUCAACAGUGACGAUGUGAAUAGCAUGGAAUCGACUAAAAGGAAUCGCACUGGGAACGAUUUAUUAGACGCUGGAGAUGAAGUAAUAAGUAUCACUAAACAAGCAUCAAGUUUCAAACGACAACGAGACACAAACUUACAGAACCAGACAGAUGUUAAUACAUCUUUAAAAAAUCAGGACUCUAGCAAAUCACCGGAACAAAUGAAGAAGCGCAUAUGUAGCUACAAUAAUGACAUUAGUAGUUCGUUAAGCUCCAGUACAAAACGUAAAACUAAUGAGAGCAAGAGACCCUUCCUUAGUCAGACAAUGCCGACAUAUUUAGAACCAUACGAAACACCAAAACUUAAAAUACAAAAACGACACGAAAACACCUUAGUCAACCAAGCAAAACCAGAUAAUGAUAUACACAAUCAACAUGAAAUCCAGAAUGUUAAAAGUCGAAAAGAUUAUAACACUGCGAGCGAACCAUACGGAACUGUGCCAAAACGCAGCCAAUCGGAAGGAACUUCGGCCACGUCCGAAUAUAAGGUAGCACAAAAGCCUCGUCUAACUCUAUUCAAUAAAAACUACGAUAUUGACACUGAGAGGCCUAACAACGAUUUGGAAAACAAUGACAACUUAGAUGAAAGUGGUGAAUGUUCCGGCAUACAUUUUGUUAAGCCCAAAAAAUUAACAUCAGGCCUAAAAAAUCCGAUAAUAGAACGAACACAAAAGUCAAAGCUAGCACUGAUGUUGUCUGGUCUUCGAGGGGAACUAUACCACGUAAAUGAUGAGGUAGAUACAUCAAAGGAUGCUGAACAUGUCGACAGGAGUGACGCAACAACAGAUUUACAAAAAAAUAACCCCUCUGUAAAAAUUGACACACAAAAAGCUUCCGAAGUGUCAGCAAAUAAUAAUCCAAAUGUAGCAACUCAGAAUAUGUCAUCUUUGGUUGGGCUAAAAUUGCCGCAACAAAAAACAAAUCCACCAACUGCUUUAGUCCAGAGCGAUAAACCUGGUAUGGAAUUUAACGUUCCAACAGUAGGCGCAUUUCCUGGUAUGGAUAAGAUUCACAACCUAAGCACUACCACCACCACCAGUUUCACCUCUAACACAACAACUGCGGAAGUAGCGAAAUGCAAACCAGAUUCAUCUAAACAAACUGAUUUUAAAAGCGGCAUAAUCUCCCCUAAUGCAAAGACUGCGAUUACCACGCCUAUACUUGCAUCAUCCGAAGCUAUAAAGUUUUCAGAAAACGCAGGCAUACAGAAAUCUGAAUCAACCAGUACUUCGUCGGAGCCAUUAAAAUUUGGCACUAAUUCAAGUUCAACUUCAUCAGUUCCAUUCUCCUUCGGAUUAGCAGCAGAUUCCAAGGCAAUGUCAAAUGAAAAAUUGUCCGCCAGCCCAGCAUUAUCAUCGACAACCAUGGCCCAAUCAUUAUCAAUGAAAAAUUCAGUUAGUUUAAAUACAACAGCAAACACAAAUAUAAAUCUAUCUUCCACAUCUGGCAACCAAAAUGCUGCAGCUCCACCUUCAAAUGCAACAUCGAAUGCUUUCGCGUCAACAAACGCUGCAGUUAAAACAACAUUGCUAUUGGGAACAAAUACAACAGUCAAUAGUAGUCAAAAUCCACUAGCUGUUGGGAAUAAAACUGCUGAAAAAACUGACUCAUCCAAACCAGCAGGAGGAUUUUCCUUUGGAAUUGAAACGUCAAAACCUACUCCCAAUGCGACGUUUACCUUUGGCAGUUCAUCCGGUGUAACAGGCAUUAAUGUGAAUCCCACAACAGCUACUGUGACAACAAGCAACCAUUUUACGUUUUCUUCUGGUAGUAGUACAUCUGAACAGAAAAUGCCACAAACAGUGUUUGGGGGCUCACCGUCGUCCAAUUCUUCCGGAGGGUUUGCAUUUGGUUCUAGUGCAAAAGUCGUUAACUCACCAAAUGUUUCAUCAACAUUUGCCUUCGGAUCAAAAAAAGCAUCAGAACCUGCGAAUCAGAAAUCACCCGAGCACGUAAACGUAGGAGGUUUUUCCUUUUCAUCGUCAGCUAACAGUUCGACAGCAGUAAACAAUAUUGCUGCCAAUAAGCAGUUCAGUUUCGGUGCCACUCCGAAUUCAAAAACCAAUCCAAUGUUAGGAACCACUAAUAGCAGCCAAAAUUCUACAAACAUAUUCGGAAAUGGUGCCAGUUCCGCAUUUAGCUUUGCUUCUUCUCAAGCUAGCAACCCACAAACAUCGGCUAACAGUGCAUCAAAUUCAGCAUUUAAUUUCGGAACAUCAACGUCGAAUAAUAUGGCAACGAGCGCAACAAACGCUUUUAGUUUUGGGGCUGCAUCUUCGACAAACGCGCAAAUAAGCAGCGUUCCGACCGCCAGUAAGGAUCCAGCUUCUCCGUUUACAUUUGGAGCAUCAACAGGUGAUACACAGUCCACGGGAAUAAACACAGCUAGUGCCACAAAAUCGACAUUUAACUUUGGUGGUUCAACGUCGUUGUCGGCAUCCAACAACUCACAACCAACAGUAACAUCAGGCGUAGCAACAAACAGUGGCUCGAGCACCACAUUUAAUUUCAAUGCUUCAUCCACCAAUGUUCAAUCAACGGGACUAUCGGGCAUAUCUGUGAAUAGUUUCUCUAAGCCGACAUUCAAUUUCAACGCUCCCUCUUCUUCCAAUGUUCAGACAACAGGAUCACAAAGUUCGUCUACAAAUAUAGCAGGGAAUAGUGGAUCUACCGCAGCUUUUAACUUUAACGCUCCGUCGAUGACUAGUGUCCAAUCAACAGGAUCGCCAAGUAAUAUAUUUGCCAUACCGCAGAGUUCAUCCACUGGGUCAACGGAUCGACCGAUUCGACGUGCCACUAGACGUCUUCAAAAAUGA